AUGGGUCGGCAAGUGGGACAUCAACCGCUGGCCUGCGCUUUGAUAUGCAUGCUUUGCAUCAGGGAGGUCGCGGCAGCCCGAGAUUCAUUCAAUGCGCAGCAGAUGGCAGCCUAUGUCGGCAGCACGUUGAGGGCCGCCGAUGCACACAAAGAGUGGCGCUCGGCCGUGGCAGACGCUGGGGAGUUUUCCAUAAAGACCAUGUGGUCUCUGGGGGAGUCGGAUUCUUUGCGCUGGGCGGAGGCAAACAUCACUUUCCGUUUCGCCGGCGGCUCGCAUCCAACGCAUGUGGAGGUAGCAGGGCUGGACACGGUGUAUCGGAUCAUGCCGGACGCAGUUGUCGGUAACCAGGAGAUUGACGGAAUGGCAGUGAUGGCCAUCGCUGGCUGGCAAGCCUACGACAUCAGUGCCCACAAGUGGGGGGCGAGUGAAUACUCCAAGAAACGAGCUCUGUUCUUCCGCACGGAGAUGAAUCCCUCCGUCGGGUUGACCAAAAAAACUUGGGGAGGCUGGGGACACAUUGCCGGCCUCCGGGUUUAUCAGCGUGCAAAAGCGAAGGAGAACGGUGAUGAGAGAAUGUAUUACAUCAAUGAACAUGGUAAGAUGAAGUCCAUUGACGAGGACGAUGUGACGCAGCAUCCGGCGGAACACGAGCAGCUUGGCCUCUAUAUGUCAGGCUCCGAGAGAGGUGUCUUCAACCGCCCCGACAAAGAAUUGAUGGCUAUGGUGGACGGCAUGUUGGGAGAGACCUCAUGCUUGGGGAAUCCCAGCUGUGCCUUUCGCUGCUUCUAUGACUCUGAGAAGGAUGUUUGCGGGCCGGUGGCCUUCUGCGAGAAGGUUGAAGAGGAUGCAGCCGCAGAUGUGCUCGCGCCCUUUGGAGGAGAACAGAAGUGUCGGGCUGUCGGAGGUGAGACACACGAAGAAGCGGACAAAGUGCUGGCCAGCACGACCUUAUCGAAGCUGAAGGAAAUGGCUCUGGACGUCGCCGAACAAAUGAGCGAGAGCGAGGCGAUUUCUUGGUCGAGCAGUGGCCGAAGCUCUUUGAAGACCUCCGUCAGCUUGUGGCUCCAGGCCGCGGACCUCCUCAACCUCUUGGAGACGCUGCCCUUGCGACUGGGUAAGAAGGCCGGGGACUUUGAGUUGGCCGCCCGGCGUGCAGCAGAAACAGACCUGAAGCAUUGGCGUCGCCGCCCCGAUCCGCUUACCAGAGCCGAAUAUGAGGCUGCUGCGAAGGCUCCCCUGUCUUUCGUCAAGGCUUCGCGGUACUUCUCCGUUGCAGCGAAGUUGCACAGUGAGCUGGUUUCCUUCGUUGUGAAGCGGCCUUCGCUGCUGAUGCAUUACACGAAGAGUGAGUCCGACGGCAAGUGCAUUCUUUCGGACAAGACCGCAUCGGACCGGGCGCAGGUCACCACCUUCGUGAACUACUUCAUGAAAGUGCCCGGCUACAAUGCUGAUGAUCUUCAGUCGGUUCGACUGGACUUGCCAGAGCAUUGCCAAGACUUCCUCGCUGGCAUGGACAAGCUCGAUGUGGAGAAAAACGCCCAAGAUGCUUCGGAAGGAGAGAAGCUGCUGUCCUCCGGAGCGAGUUUCGGGGAACUGCGAUCCGAGCGCCUCUCCGGCGCCAUCCGCCACGCCGACACGGAAGCAGCGGGGGCGGAUGCGGGCGCGGAUGCGGGCACGGCGGGAAGCUCCGCUUUCCAAAGCUCCUCGGAGGAUUUCGCUGGCACUGAGGCGGAGGCCCAGCAAAAGUUCGUGAUCAUCGCCUCGAUCAUCGUCGGCCUGGUUUGUCUCGUGGUCGCUGGAACUUUCGCGAUUGCUGGCUUGGCCAACUGGAACCGCUGCCUCAACAAGACAGGGGCUCCAGGUGGGGAGCAUUGCCUGGCCGCUCUCGUUUGUACUGCCCUGGGACUUCUGGUGAUAUGCGGAGCUUUCGCGAUGUCGCUGGCAGUUGGCGUGGCGGUGCUGGCCGGCGUGCUAUUCCUGCUGCAUGCUGUGCGGCACUACUUCUUGCAGACUGGGCAGAGUGAGAUCCAAAAGCCAGUCCUGGCACACAGCGCAACAAGCACAACUGGCAUGCGCUCGUGA